GAUCGUCUGGCUCGACAGCGGGCAUUGGGUCACCAGGCAUCAGGUCAUUUGGCUCGACCAGCGGGCACCGCAUCAUCUGGCAAGGCAGUGGGCACCGAGUCACUAGGCACGACAUUGGGCUCUGAGUCAAUUGGCACGACAGCGGGCACCAGGUCAUCAGGUACCGGAUCGUCUGGCUCGACAGCAGGCACCGGAUCAUCUGGCGCUGGAUCGUCUGGCUCGACAGCGGGCAUCGGGUCACCAGGCAUGACAGCGGGCACCGGGUCAUCAGGCAUGACAGCGGGCACUGGGUCAUCAGGCAUGAUAGGAUCAUCAGGCUGGAUCAGUUCAUCAGGCUGGGUACAGACAUCAGGCGGUUUGGAUACUGGCAGAAUGGUACUGGUUGGAAAGAAUUUUCGCUUUUUUCUGGUUUUAACUACUGGAGCACUGCAAGUAAACGCAGGUCUGCAAACGAAUGGAGCAGCUGAGGACAGAGAAGAGCUGGAAGAUGGAACAGAGGAGGGAGCAGUUGCUACAGAGGACUUCUUUACAGGGUUCAAGAAAGGAUAGGUGCAGCGAGUUGGAGCAGAGGA